AUGGCUGCAGUUAUUCAGCGUCCCUUGCGAGGCUCUCGCGUCUCUUCUUUCUACCCUGUAAAGUCUCUACCUGCUCUUUCCUCACUCGACAGCGCGUUCCAGCUGCAGGAAUAUAUUUCACUCCUUAUUCGUCUCGACAUGCAUGACGUGGAUACUAUAGUUUCACUUCCCGGAAAAGCUAACGCCAAGGAAAAGGAAGGCGAAAAGUCACCUGAACCUCAGGAAUCCGACUCUCCAAAAACAGAAGAAAAGGAAGUAGAGCGCAAGAGCGAAAUUCAGGUAGACCGUGCUUGCUGGAUUUACGAACAAUUACGCCGUCUGGCUCAGGAUCUCUCCUACCCACUCAUUACAACCCUUCAACAAGAAUGUACCCGCACGUCCUGUCCCGAAAUGAAGGCGGGAGAGUGGCUAUACUUGUGUGUGGCACACGGUAAUGACGGGGCCAUGGAGCAAUGCUGUGCGAUAGAUUAUAUUCUCCACACACUAGACAGUGCAACUGCACUUCUAAACUCGCCGAGAGCCUUUCCAUCACGGUUAUCGAUACAGCAGUCUUCCUACCGGCACUUCUCUUCGCUCGCGCGGCGCCUCGGCAGAAUUUUUGCUCAUGCAUACUUCCACCACCGCGAAGCAUUUGAGCAGGCGGAAGCCGAGUCCUCGUUAUAUGCGCGCUUUCUCAAGCUCACGAUCGAAUUUGACCUCGUUCCAAAUGAAUUUUUGGUGAUACCUCAACGCGCUGUACAGCACAAUGGCGAGGCACGUGAUGAUGGAGUAGAACCUCCUCGCCUUUUAGCUGCUGCUAUAAGCCCACCACAAGAUACGGGUCCUGACAGCCAUAUGGCUACAGGAGCUAGUCAGAUAUCGGAAGUGUCAUCGAAUCAGCAGAGAAAUUCCCCUGGAGCCGUCAAUUUGGGCAACGUGGUCGGAACAGACAGCCCACGUAAAAUGGGACGUAGCCGUACAGAUACGAUGGUCCUCAGUGAAGGUUUCAGUGCCGCAGAGGAACUUGCCGCGUAUCAUUCCAUGAAUGAUACCAGCGAUUCGGAGUCGAAUUCGACACAGACCAAUAGUAUUCUCCUCAAUAGUGAAACAGCAUCUGUACCAGACCUUGCGUCACAGGACGCCACAACACAGCCUACGUCUACCCCACACGCGGUACUCGAAGAGAGUCCGGAAAUAAUUGACGUCCCAGCCCCCGAGGCAUCGGAU